GGUGCUUUUAAUGAAAAUUUCUCUUUAAAAUACUAAAUUUAAGAGAAAAAUCACCCAAAAUCGAGUCAUGGACCCAUUUUACUGCCUUAAAGAGACCCUAAAAAACUUUAAUCCUCAACAGAAGCAACAAUUACACGUGCUUUUGAAUGAAGUUAACAGCUCCGACAGUUGUCGUUACAUGCCUUUAAUUGAAAUUACCGCAAUAAUUCGUCUCCUCACACAACUCCAAGACCUCGACGAAGCCUUAUACUGCAAAUCUUUCCUCUUAAUUAACAAAUUAGUGUCACAAUCGAAGCCAAGUUUAACGGGAACUGUUGCCAUCGACUGCCAAAACUGGAUUUUCGACGCUUUGGUCAAAGAAAAUGGGAUUAAAUUCGAGUGUUUCAAGUCGUUGACGAUCGUUUUGAAGCAUUCGGAUGUCGUGUCGCCGAAAAUUCAAACGGAAAUUUGCGAAAAAGGGUCUGUGGUACUUGGAUUUUUGCAGAAAUGUUGCGGAAAUAAGAAUUUAGAGACAGAUUCGGAGGCACAGGAUACAUUAAUUGCCGUUGUGAGGACUGUCGAGAUCAUUUGUUACAAAUCACCGGAAUUGUCUGAAGCGGGAAUUGAUGGAAUUGAGAAAAUUUCGUCACAAUUGAUGUUUUUGCUGCUUGCUGUGACUCCCUCGAACUUUGGUUCGAAAUAUUUCGCGUUUGCCGGAAGUUGUUUGAACGUUUUUAAUCACUUGUUGCUGCUUCGUGCCUCUUGGAUCGAAGAUUCGGACCAUUUGCAGUUCAUUUUAGGUUGUUUUAAGGCAUUUGCGAGUCUCGAUGAAGGUGUUAACAAGCCCUCGAAGGUCACCGCAUCGACAAUGAUGAUGCCCGACGAUGACGAGCCCUCACUUUUGUACGAUGCCACGACGCCAGCUGCGAAUAAAAAGAAGAAACGACCUCGAGUGAUGAAUAAAACGGCAAAAAAGCAACAAAAUGAGGCUCCAAAUACGAGAUUAACGGUUCCCACGUUCAGCAUGAAGCAAUCUAGUGACUCGGAACAGUCAGAUACGGAAUCGCCGCACAUCCAUACGCGUCACCGAUUGAAAUCGAAUGCAAUGAAUCUCCUGUUAACCACUUGCCAAGUCACGGAAAGGCGAAAAUUGUUCGGAAAUUGGUACAUUUUCUUCGAUGAGGCACCCGCAACGUCACUUUUAUCGAUAAUGAAGACAGAUCCUUCUGCCAAAUGUCGUUCGAUGGCCUUGCAAACGGCUUCUGUGAUCAUUUUUAAGGUUCGUCAGUACUUGCAACAUGCCGAAUUGUGUGACAACUCACCAUAUUCGUUCACGCCAUAUACCGUUUCUUUGGGGAUUUCGAUGAAAUAUAUUUACUCAACGAUCACAGAAAUGCUUGAAACUGAAUCCCAUAUCACUGUGACGACUCAAAUUUUGAAGUGUUUGUGCACGUUGAUCGGCGCAACGACCUUCAACAGCGUUUUAUUGCCAAUAAUCGAGAAAUUUUUGCAUUCUACGAAGGAAUUGUUGCUACAUAAGGACUUGACGAUCAAAGUUGCGUGUUUAACGGUUGUUGAAUCGUUCCUCGGGAUCAACGGCAUAAGUGAGGCUUCGAUUUUAAGUGUUCUUGGUAUCGAUAAGGCUCGUCUGGAGCAUCAACAAGAGAAUUGGAUACUUGAAACGAUCUUUUCCAACCUAAUUCCGGACCAAAACAUGCCAAAUUUAACAAUUGCUGCUAGUCUUCGCAUCCAAAGUCUCCAAGUAUUGCAAGUAGCUGCCCCAUUUAUUCAUUUUUACAUACCGUACUUGCCGAAAAUCGCUCAGUGUAUUCUUCAUUCGUUGCAAGAUCCGUCCCCUGAUGUGAAACUUCACUCCGCAAGAGCUCUUUAUGGCAUCACACAACAUAUCAACACGCAUUUAUCGUCUAGCAACGACGUUUCCGACCUCAGUGAGAAUUAUUACGCGUUCUGGAAUGAAAUUCUAUCGUUCGCUGUUGCAGAAUUACAAAAUACGGACAACUCUUCGAGCAUCCGGUGUCACAUUUGCGACAGUUUUGCCUUUUUGGAGUGCAUUUACGACCGUCUUUCACGCGAAAAGCAACUUUUCUUCAUUUCUUUCAUCACCGGAACCUCCUACGACGACGAUUAUUUGGUAAAAGCGGCGUCAAUUCGAUGUCUCGCGAUCAUGGCUCACUUCCCAAUCCUCAACGAAGACGUUUGUUUCAUCGACAACACGCUCGAACUGACGAAAAAAAUGUUUUUAGAGUCAAAUGUUCAGGGAAAAAUCAAAUCUUCGUGGUGUUUGGCGCACAUCAGUGACGUUCUCAUCGAAGCAACGGAAAUGGAAAUGUCCCCGCAAGCCAUCAUGAGUUUACUGGAGCUCUGUUCGAGAAAUCCUAAAGAAAAUGAAAAAGUUCGUGUGAACCUUAUUCGAUGCAUUGGCAAUAUUUUGAGACUUGUUACCGCGUCGCAUGUCGUAAAUUCCGAAGAAAAUACAAAAAUCAUCAAAAAUUGCGUCUCGAUGAUCGAAGUGAAUAUUUUGUCGAACGAAAGUAUGAAAUUAAAAUGGAAUUCGUGCUAUGCCGCGCAAAAUCUCAUCAAAAAUUCAGAAGUUUUUAACUCUACGAAUUUAGUGAAUUGGCAGGAGAAGAUUUUUGGAGCACUUUUUAAGACAAUUUUGGAGUCGAAGAAUUUUAAAGUGAAAAUUAAUGCGAUAACGGCACUCAGGAGAGUUGAGGAACGAAAGUCUUAUGGAUUGUUCUUCCUGAAAAUAUGGAAUUCGUUGAUUCAGGUACUUGUGGAGACGAGUAAUUUGAUAAAUUAUAGCGAGUACAAGUAUAAGGACAGUUUGGAAGAUCAGGUCUGUCUCUCCAUCUGCCAUUUAAUUCUGAUGCUCGAAAAGGAAGAUCUCGUCAACGCAGCUCUCGUACUUCAUCCCGUGAGUGACGCCAUAAAAACAAUUUGGCAAAAUAUCAUCACAAAAAUCUCUCCGGAAGAAUCGCUCGACAUCCACAGCGUCGAAACUCACUUAAAUUCGUUAAAAAAUAACAAUUUAAGCGCCGAACAAAAACUCGCCUUCAAUGCUUUUGAAUUCUGCUUUACCGGAUAGUAAUUUAAGAACAAUUAUUUAUGAAAAAAUAAAC